GAUCUACACGCUGAACUCGGAACGGAGUUAGGGUUAGGUACCAGCAGAAGGGGAUGAAUGGGGAGAGCAGGGGUUGUUUCUCUCCUAUUCGAUUCCCCAUAUAUAAUCUUUGUGGGACUUUUCAUUCCUCUGUCUGCUUUUCCCUUUUCUAUAUCGUUCGCAUGGCAUAGUUGGUGCUUAUCGAUCAUGCCAUCUCUCCUCGUCCCGACGUACGCCGCGAUUGGUGCGCUGGUGCUUGUUGUCUUGAAUGUCGCGCGUCAGCUGCUGUUUCGCAAUCCCAAGGAGCCACCCGUGGUCUUCCACUGGGUGCCUUUCCUAGGAAAUACGAUUGCGUAUGGGAUCGAUCCGUAUGCGUUCUUCUUCUCGUGCAGAGAGAAGUACGGAGACAUCUUCACCUUCAUCCUCCUAGGCCAAAAAACCACCGUCUACCUCGGCAUCCAAGGCAACGAAUUCAUCCUCAACGGCAAGCUCAAAGAUGUCAACGCAGAGCAAGUCUACCGACCCCUCACAGCACCCGUCUUCGGCUCCGACGUGAUCUACGACUGCCCAAACUCCAAACUCAUGGAGCAAAAGAAGUUCGUCAAGUACGGGCUCACCCAAGCAGCGCUCGAAUCGCACGUGCCGCUCAUCGAAAAAGAAGUCCUCGACUACCUCAACACCUCUCCCAAAUUCCACGGCCCCUCCGGCACCGUCGACGUCUGCGCCGCCAUGGCCGAGAUAACCAUCUUCACAGCCGCGCGCGCCCUCCAAGGCGAAGAAGUCCGCAGCAAGCUCACCGCCGAAUUCGCCGACCUCUACCACGACCUCGACAACGGCUUCAAGCCCAUCAACUUCAUGCUACCCUGGGCGCCCCUCCCAGGGAACCGGAAGCGCGACGCCGCGCACGCGCGCAUGCGCGAGAUCUACAUGGACAUCAUCCGGGAGCGGCGGCGCGCGCAGCGCGCAGGAACCCAACCACCCGAGAGCGAGCAGACAGACAUGAUCUGGAACCUCAUGCGGUGCACGUACAAGGACGGCGGGCCGCGGCCGGUGCCGGACAAGGAGAUCGCGCACAUGAUGAUCACGCUGCUGAUGGCCGGGCAGCACUCGUCUGCGUCGAUCGGCGCGUGGAUCAUGCUGCGUCUGGCGUCGGAGCCGCACGUCCUCGAGGAGCUGUACCAGGAGCAGGUGGAUAACCUGGGUCGUGCCGGCGCAGGCAGAGACGACGACGGUCUGCCGCCGCUGCAGUUUAGGGACCUUGAGAAACUCCCGCUUCAUAAUAAUGUCAUUAGGGAGACGCUGCGGCUGCAUCUCUCGAUUCACUCGCUUAUGCGCAAGGUCAUGAACCCGCUUCCUGUCCCUGGGACGCCGUACGUCGUCCCGACCAGCCAUGUGUUGCUUGCGUCCCCCGGGGCGACGGGCCUCAUCGAUGAAUACUUCCCUGAUGCCAAACGGUGGGACCCGCGUCGCUGGAACAGUCGGACGGAGAAGGAAGACGAAGGCGGCGAGGACGAGAUGGUCGACUACGGCUACGGGCGCGUCAGUAAGGGCACCAGCAGCCCUUAUCUGCCGUUUGGGGCCGGGCGCCACCGCUGCAUCGGGGAGAAGUUCGCCUACGUCAACUUGGGUGUCAUCGUCGCGACCAUCGUGCGGAAUAUGAAGCUCGUUUCUGCGGAUGGUAGCAGGGGAGUGGUCCCUGCGACGGAUUACUCGUCUCUGUUCUCGGGGCCGAUCAAGCCCGCUGUUGUUGCCUGGGAGCGGCGGUUUCCAGGGGCGGAAAUGGAGAAGUUGUAGUUCUGCGUAGCCAGGAUUGUUGGCAGAUACUGGUUUGGAGGCGAUAUUGGAUGGAAGUGAUGCUCUCUCAUAUGUACUUAAUCAAUGUAAUAUCACCAUUAUAUUAAUCUAUCCAAGUA